AUGUUGGAGAUUUUGAAGAUUGAUGGCGGCAAGCAAUGCCUGAUGAAGUCCAAACUGGAGCGUGUCGGCCGCUGGCCCGAAAACCCCGAGCGCGACGCUGCUGUCGUUGCCGUUUCCCGGGCCAUACUUGAAGAACACGACGACGAGGCCCACCCUGCAGUUGUCAAAGUCGCAAUGGCAUGUGCGGAAGAUGAACUCGCGCUAUGUUGUGCCAUGAAAGAGAUGCACAUUGGUGAUGGCACCCAAGUCCAAGGCCAAGCACUCUUGGCAACCGUCCUACGGCGCAAGUACGCCCUGGACAUCACCUCCCAGGACGGCCUCGUUGUCAAGAGUGCCCACUGCAAGUUCUGUUUCUACUUUGGCCGCUGUGUCGCCACCGAGGCCGGCGGGAUCAAGCGCAAGCGCGGCCCGCGGACGACCAACCAGUUCUUUGGCGAACAGUUCCGUAGCGAGGUCAUCACGAAGCACAUGCAGUCUCAGCACAGCGAGAAAUGGACCGAGUACAGUGCCCAGUCCUCCGCGCGACAGGACUCGUUCCUUGACAUGACGAUUCCUCGCGCGAACACCAUGCACAACUACAUCGACGUGGACAGCGACGAAAUCAACCUGGUCAUCUCGGUCAUCAUCGGCGAGAUGAUGUUCCGCCCCGCCUCCGACGACGUCUGGGCGCUGGCGUUGUCGUUCGACGGCAGCACGCACCGCGGUACGUGCUUCAUGGAUAUCCGCAACCAUGAGACCAUGAUCGUCAAGCUUCACAACGCUCUGUCCAUGGGGUGGAUUCGGAUGCUGAUCGGCGUCACGACGGAUGGGGAGAAGACGAACAUGGGGCACAGAAUCGGCGUCCAGGUGCGCAUGGUGAGGUACGCCCAGUUCAAAGUCGUCCAAGUGUGGUGCGCUCCACACCAGCUCGACCUGCAAGUUCACUUGUGUGUCGAUGAGAUCGACGGCGGCGCGUGGGUGAAGAAGACCUACGGCCCGAAGAAGACGAACCGGUGGAUCGCGCUCGGCACUUUGCUCAAUUUCGACAUUGCUCACGAACCGAGAAUCACAACCUUCUUCGCCGAGCGCGCCGUCGAGGGCAACACGGCUCAGCCGCCUGUGCUGAUGUCGACCUCGUGGAUCCUCGUGCAUGCUCUUUCCCCUUCCAUUGAGUUGAUCACUGAGACUUUUGUCAAGCUCCAGCAGCGCAAUUUGGUACUCUGCAAGCAACGGAAGCUGUUUGUCGUUCUCGAUGACGAAAUUGCCGACUUGUUCAAGGUGUGCCGCAUUGCCGACUGCGAGGGCAACUUCGACGACCUGCCUGUCAACACUUACGUACUGCGAAACCAGUCAAUCGUGCUCAUCGCCUCGCUUCGCGACUACGUCGAAGACCUCGGGUCGCACGCUCGAGUGCACUGGGAGAAGCUCGACAACAUCGAGCAAUCACAAGUCUUCAAAACGAUCGGACUGUUCGCCAUCGGCAUCACGGACGGCAUCCGCCAAGUGGAAGCUGAGCGCGACCCAAUGAACAACCCAUCCAUAGAGCUCGCGCCACCCAUAUGCCGCACGACCUCGUCAAGACGAGACCCGCGACAUUUAUCUCGGAGGCGCUAG